AAAUAUUGUGCCUAUCACAACUCUCUAGUCUCUAGCCCCUCCUUGGAUGGUUUCAUAUCUGGGGCCAGGCAUCACUGUCAGACAGUGUUGAGUUGAAAGCUUUCUGUGAGGAGGCUAGAUGAUUCUCAGAAAUGGCCCGUGCCAGCAACUUUACAUCUAUCGAAUGAUCAAGUUUCCAAAACUACUUAAUGGCUAAACCCCUUGUCUCCAUCAUUGGCUGUGCAUGAUAUCGUAUAAUAGCACAAGAAAGAAAGAGAAAGAAAACCCACUUCAUUGACCCACUAUUAUAACUCUUCUCCACAGCUCUGCACCACACAAAAUUUGAUUCCUCAAUUCAACUCUCCUCUCCGUCUAUGCAUGUAUGUAUGUACAUGAGCAGCUUUUGCAUGCCUCCUCUCUGGCCUGUCAGCCGACAUAUAUUAUUGAGAUGAAUUAUUCCACGAAACUAGCAGUAUUAGUAUUAGCAAUCCUUUUGUUGAUCAUUGGUCCAGCUGUUGAGGCUUCUCCAGUAAACACAUCGUUGAGUUCUACCGCAGGAGAAUUCCGGCCUAUGGAGGCAGCUGAGUACAGGGUAAUUGGAAGAAAGGGAGAUGAUGAUUUGUGGAGAAGAAGGCUAGCACCUUUCCAGCUGUGUUUGCUAUGCAAGUGCUGUGCUGGGGCAGCAACCACCACCUGUGCCACCAUGUCUUGCUGCUUCGGAAUCGAUUGCCGACUUCCUAACAAGCCUUAUGGGGUUUGUGCUUUUGUACCUAAGACCUGUAAUUGUACCUCUUGCGCUACUGUCUAGCUACUACUGCUUUGCCAUAUAUAUAAAUUUAACCAUCUUCAAUUAAUUAAUAUUUAUUAAACAUCAAAUUAAACCUUAUUAAUUUACUCCAUGGCUUCCUUUAAGUA